AUGUCUUUUUUCUGGGGAUUUGUCGCUGCGUUGGCAGGGAAUUCAAUUAUCGGUUUAGGAAAUUGUCUACAAAAGUAUGCAUUAACGAGUGGAGAAGCACGAUUUACAGCAUCAUCAAAUCAAGAUGAUACACGUUCUCAGCCGCUUCUACCGACUACUUCACCUGUUCCAGUAUCUUAUUCAAGGUUUAAAGAUCGAACAUGGUUUAUAGGAAUUUCUUUAGUUUAUCUAGGCGAGUUAUGUGGAAAUUGGGUUGCUCUUUCACUCAUACCCGCGUCAGUUGUCACCCCUCUUGGAAUUCUGGGAGUUGUUGUAAAUGCUAUACUUGCAAAGUUUUUGUUAGAUGAACAAAUUAGCUGGCGUCAAACCAAAGGAUAUUUCUUUAUUCUUUCUGGUGUUCUUGUGACGAUCGUAUUCUCUGCAACAUCAACGAAUAGUAUCGAAAAUCAAUUAUCGACCACUUCCAAAUUGUUCGCGUAUAUGACUCGGUUUCAUGUAAUUCUGUGGCUGAUUACAAUACUUGUGGCUCAAUGCAUCUUUUUUAUAAUGGUUCGCGCCAGGAAGGGAAAAUCAUCCUUGAUCCUUUACGUUCUCAUGACGGCAGGAUUUGGAUCACUGACUGUAGUGACAUCAAAAUUUUUAGCACUUUUGUUAAAGGUUUGGGUGUUUGUUCCUUCCGAUGGUAAUAAUUCAAACUUGGAAGAUAAGAUCUUACCCGUCAUCCUUGAUGAGGUCAGAUCUUCAGCCUCAAUGCUUGCCUUAAUAAUUUCUCUCAUGGCAAUAAUAAUUAUACUGAUUAUUGGCAUAAUUGGACAAGAGACUUGUAAACAGUUAGCAUUAAGUAAAUAUCGUGUCACACAAUUCCAACCAAUGUUCUAUUCAUCACAUGUAACAUUUGUCGCUAUGAGUGGUAUGAUCGUAUUUGAUGAAGUUGGAUCAUGGUGGUCUGUUGUUGGUUUUUGUUUUGGAAUCAUGGUGAUCGUUAGGGGUGCAUUAUCCAAUAAGACUUUCCAAUAUGAUGAUGAUGAUGACAGUGACGGGAUCAUUAGCGAUACUUAUGAAACCAUGCCCACUGAAAUAGAUUCUUUAGUCCCGGAAAUUUUGCAAAAUUCUAAUAAUCCAAGACAUUACGGUGCUUUGGUGUAA